AUGCUGUUGGAAACUGUCAGAGGCAGGAAUGAAUCUUUUGAAAGUCUUAAGAAUAAUUGUUUUAAGAGAAAAUUCUGUGAAUCAAAGGAUAAAGCAAAUUGCGAAGUUUACUAUUUAGUGUAUUCCUUCGGAAUGAUUCGGAACAAGAUCGGUGAUCUGAGGUCACUGGGAUCAUGGUGUAUUAAAGGCUCCGAUGGAUCCACUCUGGGCGGGGAUUCAUCGCUUCCUUUCAUCCGGCGAUGCUCUCGGAUCACUAAUGAUGAUGUAGAUCUCCCUAAAGGAACACACCCUUUAAGGGCAUGUGGUUCUGUAGUGUACCUUAGGUGCCAAUUGAUACCUCAGGUGCGGUGGUUAGAACAACAAAAUGGCUUGUGUUUUGUGGUUUAAUAACGUCGUUAAACUUCCUAACAACCGAGAGAGGCCUUGCUUUUCCGUGGUUUAUUAAUAUUUACUCUAUAAAAAAUGUUGUAUGUGAGACAGAAGUUUCAAUGGCGCGAAGUAUAUACGCCAAUAGCUAAAACGUAUAAUUCAGAUGUAGCUAGUACAACAUAAACAGUCAAAAAUGUCUCCAUCUCUCCCAACUAACUUUAUUCCAGUUCUAUAUCGUUUUUAGUCAUAUAAAUACAAUGACGGCAAGCCGGAGCUGAUUUAUAAGAUUAAUAAACUUGAAAAUUUGUCAAUGACUUGUGCGGAAUUUAAAAUCAGAAGCAACUGACUCGCCCUACUUAUAUAACGAGUAGAAAAGAACGGGAAUUACCACUCUGCACUAUACUUCUAAUGUCGGCUUUUAAAAGCAGGAGUAAUCCGUUCGUGCUGUACCACUUAGGUUGAAUUUAAAAUCGGGAGUAAAUGGUUCGCACUGUGCUACAUAUGUCGACCGAAAAACAGAAGGGAGUAACGGCCGACUCAUGUCGGCUUUUAAAAGCAGGAGUAAUCGGUUCGUGCUAUACUACUUAUGAUGAAUUUAAAAUCAGGAGUGAAUGUCGUUUCGACAUAUGUCGACUUGAGACUCGCGAAUUACUCUUCUUGCCGGCUUUUAAAAGCAGGAGUCAUCGGCUCACGCUAUACUACGUAUGUUAAAUUUAAAAUUGCUAGUAAACGGUUCGCUCUCUAAUUACAUAUAUCGACUAAGAAAACAAGGGCAGUAACCGCCGACUAGCGCUACACUAAUGUCAGGAUAUAAAACAGGAGUAAUAUUUUCCCUCGAUACUACUUUGUCGCCUUCUAAAUCAAAAUUACUCAAAAUCUCUUCUCCAGGAUUGGAGAUCACAGCACUAUGGCGAGUGAUGAUAAAGCAAUGCACCGCUCAUCAAAGGAAGUCGAUUACUGGCAAAAAGAGCUUAAUCCGAUCGUGAGGCUUAGGUAAGUAAAAAAAAAAAGGUUAUCAAAGUUCCCAGGGACAAAACUGUAUUGUGUACUUUCUUAGUUUUCUAACCAAUGGGUUACACACAACAUCGAGGGCUGAAGAGUUUUUGGUCAUUCUCGAUCAUGAAAGAUCAUGCAUCGUGUGUCAUUGAUGGGCACGCAAACCUAACAAUUUAAGAAGCGGUCAUUUCUCAAAGUCCCAGAAAUCUUAUUUAUUGCAUUAACUUAAUAUACGUUGUAACUGACCCUAAAUAAGAGGGGUUCGCUCUUGCUAAAAAUUGUCUUCGCCUUGCAAGCCACAGUUUGUUCUUACAAAAAGGGCCCCCGGGCUACUCUUUGUGAUCAGCAAUUCUUUAUUAUUGAAGGGGUCACCGGUCUUGGGGGGGGGGUUACCAUUUUCAACUUCCCAGAAUGAUCACUGUUUCAAAUAGUCUUCCCCCUCUGUAAAAUGGUAUCUUGGUCAAGAGGUACCACACCAGUUCACCAAAUACACUUUGGAUAUCUUAAUGGACAGUAAUUGUUUUCGUUUGACUCAAGUAGAGGUAGAAAACGUUUUGAGUUUCAUUCGUCUUUUGACUGAUCCUUUCUCUUAUCAUCGUCGUUUCUGCUUGAGUUUACUUUAACGCCGCUAAAUCAUGGUGUAUUAAGCUAUCAGCCCGCCAUUUCCAAAGAGUACUGGCUUGAUAAAGCAUUGACAGGAUAUAUCUAUCAGGAUUUCUCGGGUCUAUAACAAAUGACAAAGCUCGAAUAUUAUUUCAUUUACUACUAGACAAUACAUGAAGAACAAAAAGUGGUGGAACAAUGAAGUGGAAGAGGAGUGGAAGCGAGAUUCUCUUCAACAAGUCAUGCAAGCACUCUCAAGAGCUGAUAAAGCAUUGAAACCGCCUGUGAAAGACAUGUUUACUGAUGUGUAUGACCAGCUACCCCCUCGCUUGCAAAAACAACAUCAGGAAUGCAUGGACCAUAUCGCAAAAUACCCACAUGAAUAUCCCACUGAGCUAUAUCUGCAAGAUGACUAG